AUGGGCUUUCUGAGACGAAUCUCGCUGCUUCUGCUGAUUGAGAAGUCACAGCUGCGCGAUGGUUUGGGCACGUCUGUCGAAUGCCUCCAGAAAGGAAAGCGAAACAACUGCUACUUGCUCAACCGACAGGCGGAAGACCUCGAGAUCGACCAAAAUGAUUGCGUAUGGACAGACGCAAUGUGUUAUGACUUACACCCCGCAGGCCACCCUUUCGGUAGCAUGAAUUUUACGAACUAUGGUCGCCUGCAAAAUGUAGGCAAAACGCCGAUUCUCAGUCGCUUCCCAUUCGUCUUCCCAGACGUAGAAAAGCUAAAGUUACUGCCGCCGCUGCGGCCGCCGCAGCCGCAGCCGCAGAGUGACCACCCUCACCGCUUACGUCAGCGCAUCCACUCCGGCAUCAGCCUCCACGCCCGUGCCGUGCCUCCUGCCGUGACAGCGCCCGCUGCUGCUGUUGCCGCUUGCGAAGGCGCGUCGACCCUUCGUCCGACGCCAUGCACACGCCAUUGCCCAGUCAGCAGUGGAACCCUAAAACGCGCCACGAAAGCCCUUAAGAAAAAGCUGCAGAACUCGUCAUCCGACUCGACAGACACGUUUUCGCCCGUCCUGCCGAAGGCAAACCAGGUAAGGAUUAGUCGCCGCCGCGUGCUCACCAUACCGCUGCAGGCCGUUUCGUGGUGUGCGGCAUGCGGUCACUGGCCAAGUGCUGCUUCAUUCUUCUGCAUUUACCUCGUUCCUCACUCCGUACAACCCUUCUUACCACAGCGCUAA